GAGGCGCCCUUUGUGAUGACAGAAACGGACAGCGAGGGGAAGACAACCUACACGGGGCUGGCGAUGGACGUGCUGAAGAAGGUGGCGGAGAAGGCGGCGUUCGGCUACAACAUCAAACUGGUCAACCACGAUUCGUACGGCUACCAGGACUACACGGGCAAAUGGAAAGGGCUCAUUUCGGAGCUGGGACUGAAUGCAGAUAUAGCUGUAGGACCAAUUCCAAAAUCUGUGAAAGCUGAAGGCAAUGAAAUUGUUGACUUUACGCGACCAUAUAUGUCCAGUGGUAUCAGCUUGCUCAUUAAGUACCCACCUGAAACCACGCGAGGAAUCGGUCUAAUGCUGGAACCCUUCAGCACAGAAGUCUGGAUCAUGAUCUGCCUGGCCUUCAUUGUCAUCAGCCUCGCCUUAUUUUUGAUUGGCCGCUUCAGCCCUUUUGAAUGGUCCCGGGUCUCCAGAGAAAAAGAUGUGCGUAUGGCGCGGUCAAGCUUUGGGCUGAAAAACAGUUUUCUGUUUGCUGCUAGCACUCUUGGCUGGCAAGGGUAUCGUGAAGCUCCGCGUUCCAUCUCAGGGCGCAUACUCAUGUGCAUGUGGUUCAUGUUCACCGUGUUUGUCAUCGUGGCCUACACGGCGUGUCUGUGUGCUAUUCUCACAACACGGGCAGAGUCGUCACCCCAACAGCUGCCUUUCUCAAACUACGAAGACAUUGUGGAGAGCAAGCAAGUCAAGCUCGGAGCUUUAAAAUACAAUCACAUCUACCGGAUAUUUAAAGAAAGCAAGAUGGCACACAACAAUAUUUUUGCCCAACUUUACACGUACAUUGAUGACUCACAAGAGUGGAUUCAACAGACCAGUGAAGGUAUACAAAGGGUUAAGGAUUCAGGUGGUAAAUAUGCAAUGCUUAUGGAGACAGUGAAAGCUGAUUACAUAACUGCUACAAACUGUGACUUGAUCACAUAUGGAGAAAAAAUAUCACCUUUUGGGUAUUCUUUUGCUGUAAACAAAAACUCUCCUUUAUUGGAAAGAAUGAAUCUUGCCAUUCUUGAACUUCAAGAAGACAGCUCAAUAAUUGAUCUCUUUGACAAGUAUUUUGUGAAACGACAAGUUUGCCCCAAGUACGACAAGAGCAAGCUUGUCCCCCAGAAGGGGGGCGGCACCCACAGAAAGGUCUCCAGCAUGGAUAUGAAAGACAUGGCUAUCCCAUUCCUCUUCCUGUUCCUGGGGGUCCUCGGUGCCGGCGGGGCUUUAGGUGCUGAGAUAUACUACAAGAAGUGGCUGGCGACGAGGGCUGACACAGACGACAAGGCCAAGAAGCCCCUCAACACAGAAAGUGGAACAACCAAAGCCCCAAAGACAAGCCCCCCACCUCCCCCCAUCUACAAAGUGAACAACAAACUCCAGGAGGAGGCGGAUAAAAAAGGCACAGCUGUCGUGGUCAUCACAGAAAACCCUGCAGCCGCAUCCGAAGAGGAGGCGGAUAGUGGAGGCAACAGCUUUGAAAUGGUCCCAUUGGAUGAUAAAGUAGAGGCAGACAGGGAAGGUGAUGCUCAGCAGAUAGAGGCAGGGGACAGCACUGCUGAGGUCAUAAAGGGGGACAAGUCGGCAGAUAAAGCAGAAGUGAUAAAUGAAAUUGCUUAAGUUUAACUUUUUCUUUCUCAUCUCUGGUAAAGGGUUAAACAGAUUGCAUAAAAAUUAUGAGCUUUUUAUGAAGGAACAAAAACAAGUUUCAUUUUUAAACUUGACUUAAAUAAUUAUUUUUUAAAAUUCAUUUAUAAUUGUAAUGUACAAACCAUCAAUUGUCAUUCAUUCACCAUUUACAUUUAUUUACUUGUAAUAUAAUCAUUUUUCAUUUAUCAUCUAGAAUAAAUCACUUUAUUAAAUCAAACUUAGGGCAACCUUAUUAUUCUAUGU